AUGUCGUACUGUCCAGGCGGACCCGCUCCCAACCAGUCAUCGUAUCCCGGUGGCCCUCAAUCGUCGUACCCUGGCGGCCCACAGUCCUCAUACCCUGGUGGCGCACAAACGUCCUAUCCCGGUGACCCGCUUGCCUCCUCCUCAUACCCUGGCGGCCCACAGUCGUCCUACAACAGCGCACCAGGCUACGACUCGCAAUCAUCCGGCUACAACGCCUCGCCCAACUACGGCGCCCCCUCCCCCAACGCAUCUCAAGCACCCUACGGUCACUCACCCUCGCCCUCGCCCUACACAAAUCAGCAACAGCAGGGACCCACACAGUACGACGAGCACGGCAACCCCGUCGACGGCGAGCGUGGUCUAGGCACCAUGGCGGCCGGUGCAGCUGCCGGUUGGGCGGGCAACAAGAUGACCGGUGGCCAUAUGGGCAAUUUCGGAUCCAUGGCGAGCGGUGCGAUCCUCGCGCAGGUCGGAAAGAUGGUCUACGAAAAGUUCGACGAGAAGAAGCAUCACAACAACCAGCAAGGUGGUGGUUAUGGCGGUAACCCGUACGGUCCUCCUCCGGGCGGUCAUCAUGGUGGCAACUCCGGUGGCUUUGCUAAUUUCUUCAACAAGCACUGA